UGUCUCUCGCGAUCUGAGAGCUUAUUCUUAUAUGGCACUCGGUUCUCGCCGGACCCGCCGGACCCUUCAGCGAUGCCUUCGUUUCCUUGCGUUCUUCGUGGGCAAUCCUUUCUUGCAUUCACUCGGCGGACCGUCGAACUCGGGGCGAGAUGGGUCUUCAGAACGACGAGAUGAGGCUUCAGAACGGCCAGACCGGGCUUGAGAACGGCAAGAUGGAGCUCAAGAACGGUGAGAAGGGGCUUAAGGACGGUGACCAUGUUAAUACCCCAAAUGGGCACCGGAGCGACAGAGGACGGACAUGUGUGCCUUCCGACACCCGCGACUAUGGAGCGUGGCUGGGCCAAAUUCUUGACCACAUUGACAAACAUGGAGAGCAGGAGCUUCUUCCUGUGCUGCAAGAGUUCAGAGAGCUUAUCACGUCGGAUCCCCGCUUCUACAUGUACUUCACAGGGAUGUGGGAAGAAAUCCCGGUCAAGGAGCCAGAUCCGAAAAAUCCAACGGUGCAGCCUCGGAUCCGCGACUACGAGCAAAUGUUGCAGGUUAUGAACCAUGUGCUUGUGGCAGCACCUGAGUGGACCCAGGCAGCCGCGAGCGCCGGCCUCGCCGGCGUACCUCUGGUGGCGAUGUUCGACGAGGCCAUGAGCACCCCGAGUGGCCAUGCUGCGUUCCUGGAUCCUGAUGUCAACCUCAUGUUCAAGAAGAUCCUCAACGCGUGGGGCAAGUACCUGCAGACUCCGGAGUCCGUAGAGGUUCUGGGCGAUCAUGAAAACGGCUGGUUCUGCCAAGCGGCGUUCAAAGAGCUCCUUGAGGUCGCCAACGCGCCCUAUAACACCUCCUUCAGGUUGGAGGAGUUAUACAAAUGCGAUCCGUCGAAGGAGCACUUUGGGUUUAAGUCAUGGGACGACUUCUUCACCCGCCAGUUUCACGAGUCGGUGAGACCAGUCGCCUCUCCCGACGACGACAAUGUCAUCGCGAGCCCUUGCGAGUCGACCAUCCUCAACAUUGCCUACAACUCCAAGCUGCGCGACAAGUUCUGGAUCAAGGGGCUGCGGUACUCGGUCGCCGACAUGCUCGGGCACGACCCUCUGGCAGAACAUUUCGCCGGCGCGACGGUCUGCCAUGCCUUCUUGUCGGCCAUGUCAUACCACAGAUGGCACGCGCCAGUCUCGGGCAAGAUCAAGCGCUGCUUCGUGCAAGAGGGCACCUACUUUAGCAUCUCGCUGUCCGAUUUGUUCGCGGACGGCGGCGAUGCCAAGGGCCACCUCGCGACGCAGGGUUACGCUUCGGCGAUGGCCACGCGCGGCAUCGUCUUCGUCGAAGCCGACAACCCGGCGAUCGGCCUGGUGGCGUUCAUCGCUAUCGGCUUGACGGAGGUGAGCACGUGCGAAAUCACGGUCACGGAGGGCCAGCGCGUCCAGAAGGGCGACGAGAUCGGUAUGUUCCAUUUCGGCGGGUCGGCUUGCUGUCUGCUCCUCCAAAACGGAGUCCGGGUCAGCGGAUUCCCCGAGAUCCGGAGCCCGGUGAACGUGCCGGUACGAGGACGUCUGGCGGUCGUCCAGCCGUGAGGUGGCCAGGGUGACUGUUGUUUUCAUUAGUUUAGUGCGUGGAGAGUGUGCAAGUUUCUGCUGGAAAUAAUUAUAGAUAGGCGGAUGAACGAGCGCAGACACAGCUAGCUGUCCAGGCUCAUCUUGAAACGGAAGGAGAGAGGUCUCUCUUCUCUUCUCCUUCCCCUUUUUCUCCUUCUUCUUCUUCUUCUUCUUCUUC